CCCUUACCCAGAGGGCUGAGCGACCAGAAGGCGGCCCGCGCUAGUUGAAUUCUCACAUUAUAGGCAGGGUGGCCAGAUCCCGCCCCGGAAAUGCGUGUUCUAGCUUUCUGUGUGCUUUAGGUGCCCGAGCUACUGAGGGUCUAAGUCCGGGCAGCCGAAGAGUGUGGUAGGUAACGGUCGUCAGCGCAAAGGGUCAUUUCGUCGCUGGGAAGGGACGGCCCUCGCCCGCGGUGAUGGUGGGGCCAAGGCGAGAUGAAGUUUCGCUCUUCUCGGUUAGCAAGAUGAACAAAGAUGCGCAGAUGAGAGCAGCGAUUAACCAAAAGUUAAUAGAAACUGGAGAAAGAGAACGCCUCAAAGAGUUGCUGAGAGCUAAAUUAAUCGAGUGUGGCUGGAAGGAUCAGUUGAAGGCACAUUGUAAAGAGGUAAUUAAAGAAAAAGGACUAGAACACGUUACUGUUGAUGACUUGGUGGCUGAAAUCACUCCAAAAGGCAGAGCCCUGGUACCUGACAGUGUAAAGAAGGAGCUCCUACAAAGAAUAAGAACAUUCCUUGCUCAGCAUGCCAGUCUUUAAGGGUGAACUAGAAUGUGGUGUUCUGUGGGUUUAGUUCUGAAAGUAAAACUUGCCAUAAAUUAGAGAUUGAUUUCCCAAAAUAAAGUCCUUUUUUGUAUGAUGGUAUACAGUUUUCAGUAAUGAUGUAUACAUUGUAUUGAUUUUUUUCCCUAAAUGUGUUAUUUUAAUAAAUAUCUCAUGAAUGAGUUUCAAA